GGUAAUCCAUCUCAUCAACUUCAACCAAAGAGAGAGAGAGAGAGAGAGAGAGUAACCAAACCCUAAUUUCUAUCUCCUUCUCCUCUGAUCUGAAAAGUUCCCUCUACUCGAAAAGCUCACAUGGCGUUUCGAAGAAACUGUGGGUUGGAGCUCUUGGUAGCUUCUUUAACUCUGACCUUCGCUCUGAUUCAGCUGGUGGAGGCGAACUCAGAUGGAGAUGCUCUGUACGCUCUUCGACAGAGCUUAACGGAUCCAGACCAUGUGCUCCAGAGCUGGGAUCAGAAUCUUGUCAAUCCUUGCACCUGGUUCCAUGUCUCCUGUAACCAAGACAGCCGCGUCACUCGUGUGGAUUUGGGUAAUUCAAACCUUUCAGGAGAUCUUGCCCCUGAGCUUGGGAAGCUCGAACAUUUACAGUAUUUGGAGCUGUACAAAAACAACAUCCAAGGAACUAUACCAUCUGAGCUUGGAAACCUGAAAAGCCUCAUCAGCUUGGAUCUUUACAACAACAAUCUUACUGGGAAUAUUCCUACUUCUUUGGGGAAAUUGAAGUCUCUGGUCUUUCUCCGCCUCAAUGACAACCGAUUGACUGGUUCAAUCCCUAGAGAACUCACCAAAAUUCCAAGCCUCAAAGUCUUGUAAGUUCAGCCUUUGAAGCCCUUUUUAUCCAAACUAUUGACUCCAUGCUCUUACUUAAUUAC